CACAAAGAAGACCACGCCAUCAUGGAUUAUUCAAAUGUUGCACCUCCUGCUGCAAAUGGCGGUCAAUUUGAGCAACAAAAUGCGUUUGCUGAUGCCGUAGCGAGAGCCAGACAGAUUGCAGCUAAAAUUGCAGCUCCAGGCGCUCCACCUACAAAUGGCGCUCCAGCUGCAGCACCAACUUCAGCUGCUCCACCCAUGGGCGGUAUGCCUGGUAUGGGAUUCAAACGUGGAUUCGAAGGUGAACAAGAUGGGCCUGACGCAAAACGUAUGGCUGAAUUAAAUGAUCCUAUUGGAGCACAACUCAGAGCCAUAGCAGAACAACAGAGCAGGCAGAGUGAUGCACAGAAUGCAGCCCAGGCAGCGCAACAAGCUGCAAUGCAGAUCAAUCAGAAACUAGGAAUCACAUCUAACCCGUCCAUAAAUCAACAACCACCACAGAUGGCACCACCUUCUCAGGCCCAGGGGCUCGGUUUUGUCUCAACUGAAGAAUAUCACAUUCCAGAUCGCAUGGUUGGCCUAGUGAUUGGAAAAGGGGGUGAACAGAUCACCCGACUCCAGGCAGAUUCUGGUUGUAAAGUACAGAUAGCCCCAGACAGUGGUGGUAUGCCCAACAGACCAUGUACACUGACAGGAUCGGCAGAGGCUAUUGAUGCGGCCAAGAGAAUUAUUAACCAAAUCAUAGACAAGGGUGCUACAGGUGGUAUAGAUCCACACAACAUGCCGGAUGGCACUACUAUGGUUGAGGUUAUGAUUCCCGGCACCAAAGUAGGACUUGUCAUUGGCAAAGGGGGAGAAACUAUAAAGCAGCUACAGGAAACUGCAGGUGUUAAGAUGGUGAUGAUCCAAGACAGUAACAUGGCAUCUCAUGUAGACAAGCCCCUCAGAAUCACUGGAGAAAUAAGCAGAGCGCAGCAAGGCAAACAGUUAGUUCUGGAUCUGAUCAGAGAGAAGGACCAGGAAAUGCACCAAGGAUAUGGAGGUGGUGGUGGCGGCGGCGGCGGUGGUG